AUGGACACUUUAUCAGUAGAGGAAAUUAAAUCCAUAGUCCAAUGCCAAUUCCAGUUGAUUGUCCAGCGUAAUGACAGGCUCCGAUCACAUUCUCUUCUUACUGAGGACAAGCCGUUCAACUCACGUGCCACAGAUCUAGUCAUCAUCGACUGGAUAGAGAUCUCAACAAACUAUCUUAAUGGUCUGAAAGCACUGGCAGAUUUCGAGGACCCUAGUAUGGUGAUCCAAUUGUAUAUCUACAACUACUUCAUCCUCAAAUACAUAUUGGAUCGUGCCGACGUCAGAAAUCAAGAGGAUCAAGGAUUUAUAGGGACACUGAACAACGUAUCGCACCAAAUAUUAAACAAGAGCAAAUACAGGGAGCUAUUGGAUCUUGCAAUGGAGGAAGCAUCAAGUCUUAUUGAGUCAGACAUAAAUCAGGACCUGUAUCCGGUGGCGGAUCAGUUAAGUUUCGAUUGCGAUGAGCUAUCAACACGUCUAUUUGAUCUCCAGGAGAAGAUACUUCUGAUAGAUGUUCGAACGUUUGAUAAGUUCCUGAAAUCGCACAUAGAACAUGAAGACAUCAUCAACAUUCAGCCGGAAAGCGUGCAAGCAGUACAUGAUUUUGAGGACCUCGUUUUCUGUCUUCAGGUAGGAAAUAUAGACUUCUCAGCAAAGCUUGCGUCUUUCAACCAGUACACUUUUGUCGUCGUGUUUGGUGAGUCUCAAGGAGCAAAGCACGUGUUCAAGCUAGUGGAAAGCGCCAUCGAAAAACGAAAAAGAUGGGGGAAUAUCAAAGUUGAGCCGAGAACUCUCGAAGGAGGCUUUGAACGUUGGUCUCAACUCUUUGGAAACGACCGCGCAAAAACAUUCACAGGAACCAUUUCCACACCUUCCAAGCCUGCCACCUCUUUCCGGAGCUCAACUCCGUCUCUUCCUCCCGGGCUUUCUCUUCCUUUGGUGAGACUUCACAAUUACGGAAGCACGUGCUACAUCAACUCUAUGGUCCAGUGCUUGUUUAAUUUGUCCUAUUUCCGCAAUUUCGUGAUGGAUCCAUCCAGAUUCCAGCCGAUCCUACGGUCCAACGACAAUUCCCUUGUCCUCGCAUUUUACGCAUUGUUUAACGAAUUUUUUUAUGCCAAUGGCCACGCUGUUGUUCGUCCCAACAAUUUUGUAAGGCUAUGCUCAUAUCUGAAGCCAGAUCUCAAAAUUCCCCAUGAACAGCAAGACACCUCUCAAUUUUUGUAUUUUAUCCUAAACAGAUUGCAUGACGAGCUGCGCAUAGAUGAUUCGCCCGCUAACCGACAAAGCUUCAAGACAAAUAACCCUGAAACAGACCCAUUCACAGACUAUGGUAGCAGCAAGGAAUAUCUGUCUUGGAAUUCACAGCUGCUGAAGUCAGAAGGAGUUUCUCCAAUCAACAAGCUAUUCCAAAUUCAGCAAGAAACGAAACUCAAGUGUGGGCGUUGUGGCUAUGUUUCGCUGAAUUACGACAACUCGUCGAUGAUGAAUCUGAAUUUGAACGGCAACGAAUACUAUCUGAAUGAUCUUAUCCUACGAAAUCUCGAGCCUGAAGAACUAUCUGAUCGGCUCGGGAAUGCGUGGAACUGCCCAAAAUGCGAAAAAUUAAGUGCUGAGCUGAAACAGCUCGAGGAGAUGGUCUCUUCUCAUGAAUCGAAAAAACGAGGGUUUUUCAAGUUCAAAAAAGAAGAGCACUCUUCAAUGAACGACUACCAGACAGGCCGCUACGCUGAGCUGAAAGCGUUUCUGAGCCAGCCGAACGUGUCGUACAGAUCAUCCAAUUUCAUCAAAUUACCCCAGAUUUUGACUGUCUACCUCGCCAAGUUUGACCCGUACCAGAACAAACUCAACAUCAAGUUGCGAUUCCCAAAGAGAUUAAAUUUCAAGAUCAAAAGACAAGAUAAAGAGAUUGCAUACAGUUACAAAUUGAGUGGCUGGAUAGACCACUUGGGCGACUCCAUAGGGUCUGGCCACUACACCAACGUCAUUCACCGUAGCGGCCAAUGGGUCUUGUGCGACGACGACCGGCUGAGUGUUUGUCGGUACGAGGAGGAAAUUGGAGAUCAGAACGCGUAUAUAUUAUUUUACACCUUAGUGAAGUAA